GCGCCGUGAGGCGGUGCGAGGAGCGGAUGGCCGGGCCUGGCCGCCCUUUAACUGCCCCGACAACCCGGCGAGCACACAGGCAUUUGUCAGGAUGAUUGCCACACCUCUAAAAGGACGAGGGCUCUCAGACUAUUCCUCACCUAGAAGAGAAGCGAUGCCCUUGAAGGCCAUUUUGCUCAGCGCCAUCCCCGGAGGCACACCUUUAAAACAUCUUGCAAAAUUUCAAGAGGCAUCAGUUUCCGCAGUAAGGGAAGCUGCUCUUUCGUAUCAGACCGGUUUGGAAAAAGAUACUCACACAAGAAACGUUUUCCAGUCCACUUUAAUACCCAGCGGCACUCAUGAUGAAGGCUUCCCUAACUUCAGUGCAAUAAAGCCAGUUUCUGGAGGUGCAUUGGGGCAGCCUGCAUGUCAUCCAAAAGAGGAAGCCAAGACAAAGAAGGUGUUACUGAAACGUAAAGCAUGUGAACCAUUAUCCGUUGAAUUACCAGCAAAGUCCUCCCCAAGAAUAGAAUCCAAGAUGGUUCUUGCCAGCCAGGAGAACCAGCCGCCGGAAAGGAAAUUGUUGGACAUGCAGAGCACCACAGACUUCAUUCUCACUCCUGAUAGGUACCUGAAUCCUUUGGGAAAGCAGAAUAAAAAAAUCAUAGCUGGAAAUACGCCAAAGGAAGGGCUGUUCAAGGAGCCCCUUGGAAAGGCCAAAGUUUCACAGCCCGUUCAUUUUGCAACAAACAAAACAUUGAAUCUGGCUGCAGCAGACUCCUGGGUUUCAGAAUCACCUCAGAAGUUCUUCUCACGUAUGAAGCAGAAGGUGGAAGAGAAACCACUGCAGCAAGUACAUUCUUCAUCUCAACAAACCAAGCAAAAUGGCCUCCCUUUGGCUGCAGUGACACAACCCGUAGCAGCCUCUGAUUCCACUGCCAAACAGCUGAAUGAUCCCCACGAAGAGGAUCCAAAUGCCACCUACAGUCAGGACGAGGCGUUUCUCCUGGAAGCAACAGAACUGGAAAACGACACUUUUAUCACCAACACCAUGGAGAUGGACAUUUGUCCAGAGACAAAUGUGGCACCUGCUAGAUUUCCUCAAGAGAAAAGGGCAUUGCCGGAAUGCAACCAGAAGCCAGGCCCGAGUGAGCAGCAAGUGUUGCUGGCUGGACUUCAGAGGCCUUCACAAGAGUUAUGUGACAUACUGGCCACUCCAAAAGUCCAUAUACCAAGGAAGCGAAAACCAGCAGGGGCUACAUCCAAGGUGCCCUUGGGUGACCCUGGCAUGGAUACAAACUACAAUAAUACGCACGAGAAGGUGCAGCAGCGAAUCUUUCUCAGUGAUUGGAGAAUCAAGGUGUUGGGCGAUGCUGCCGUGUGCCUGGAAGGAAAACGAAGAGACAUGAACAACAUUUACUGGCAUAGCAAUGCAGUCAUGGAACGAGUCACACACAACCAAGUGAAAACCUCAUCUGGAAAUAUUUACGUAUUAGAAGGCCGAAUAGAUGCAGCUGCCAUGAAGAAAGAAGGAAUACCAGCAAAAUUCAUAAAGAAGUUUGUGUACGGAAUACCAAAAAACUGGAAAGCCUAUAUUCAUGAUCUCCUCCAUUCUCUGAGAAGGAAAGCACCGAGUUCUAGGAAGGAGCAAAGGGCCUGCGAUUCAUGUGAAGAUAACAGUGAGAGAGAAGACUCUGUGCAGAGAGAAGGUGGGGAAGAUCCAUCUCCAGAUAUUGAGCAGAAACUAAGAACAAAGAACAGCACUUACGAAGUAUUGGAACUGAAUAAUGGGAAACCAAGCAAGCCCCGAACGGCGGCCCAUUUGCAGCAUGACCCCAACGCGAGCUUCACCCGCAGCGGCCGGCGCGUUAAGCCACUCCUGCAGUACUGGUGCGGUGAAAGGAUCGUUGUUGAUCAGGGGCUAAACGUGACAGUUACCAAAGGUGGUAUCAACUACUUGACUCCUACAGUGAGCAGCACCCGAUCUCAGCGCGGGCAAAAUUUCAGCCCCCAAGAGGAGAACGGAGGGGGCAGCAUGAAUACUGGUAAAAAAAUGCCUCCACGUCAAACUAAAGGGGGAGCUAGUAGAAAACCCAAGAGCAUCAGGAAAAAGCCACAGUAUUUUGUCUCAGACUCUGAAGAAAAUAACCAGGAAUUUACCUAUGAGGACGUUUGCAAGAAACGGGCUGUAGUUCCCUUGACACCACUAAACUACAAAAAGCUGUCUGAAAAGAGUGGCUUGCCCCAAAGAAAGCCUGCCGAGCAGCAUAUCCCAAAGGAGAGGAGGAAAAUGAAUGAGUGCCGCACAAGCUUGGGCAGGGAGCCAGCCCAUGUCAAGUAUGCGCUGAGAUCACAGAAACAGCUCAGCCCCAAUGAGCAAGGGAAGGCAAGCUCCUCUGCAGAGGAGAGUGACUUGAGUGACGAGUUUCCGUGUAUCAAGAGGAAAGUGCAGCCCUUUUCCAGGAGAGAGGCGGGCAACUUAAAGUCAGCUUCCGACAAAAAGCAACACGACGAUCCGAAGAUGCCGUCGUCUGUGCCGAAGAGGAGAGAAGAACCUUUCGGCCCAUUAUUGCAAAGCAGGCAGACGGGGGCCGUGCCAUCUCUCCAGAACGGCAAGCUGGGGAGCCCUUCUCAUCCCAGCGUGGCUAACGGUUCUCCUGGGCACCAAAGGUGGAACAGAGGGCGGUUGCGCCAGAGAGACCCAAAGAAAAACAUCUUUGAAUCAGAGACAGAAAGCGAAACUAGCUCUGGAGAUUUUGAAAUAAAAGAGGAAAAGUUAAAACCUAGUGGCAAAAGAGUCGGCGGACAAGAUCCCAGCAGCGCAAAGUCCUUAGCUGUGGUACAAAGAACAUUCGAAAAGAGGCGGGGCUCGAAUGGCUUGGGCUCACUGUCAGAUGCCAGUGAAGCCUGGACUGAGGAGGAACUGCAGAAGCUGCACAGGGCUGUGGCUGCCUUCCCCAAACACAAGGGCGGUUUCUGGCUGCACGUUGCCGAUGCCAUAGGGUCGCGAUCUGCAGAAGAGUGCCAGGAAAGGUACAUGGCUGAGCAGGAAAGCAGAAAGCGGGCCCCUAAGAAGACCACCCAGGCGAGGAAGAAAAAAGAAAAAGAGGAAGUGAAGAAACAGCCAGUGAUCAAUGCAAAAGUGGGGACACUUAAGAGAAAGCAGCAAAUGUGGGACUUUCUGGAACAGAUGCCCAAGGACAACCACAAAGACAUAUUCACUGCAACGCCCUUUCAGAACAGAAAGACAAAAUUGCCACAGUUCCACACAGUCCAAGAGGAAGAUAUCUUCCAGCUCAAAGACAGCAACCCCAUCACCCCCUCGUCUGCCAUCUUUCCUCCAGUGAAGACCCCACAGUGUGACCACAUCAGCCCUGGCAUGCUGGCAUCCCUGGACAGGAAAGACCAUGACAAGCAUGUCUACCGUCUGCAAAAAAACCUCAAAGGCAAGGAGCAGAAGUGGAAAAAUGUGAAAAGGAAGUCGCCUAGGGCUUGCUUUAGUACUCCAACCUCUCGAAGAACGAACAUCCUUACCUACAAUGAAGGGGCCCCACCCCAGGUGAACACACGGCAUCUUUUUCCAGGCGAGGGAGGCGCCCAGUCUGAUGAAGAGGAAGACGACGACGACUUGUAUUUUUCUACCUAGCUGGCCUUCUGCCUCUUUCUGUGCCCGGCGCCAUUUCUCCGAGAGUUCCCAGUCACAUUCAGACAGAUUAGGGUUUUUUACGUCUUUAAUGAAUUAUGAAGCCAAGAUGUGGGUUCCUCUCUGGAGCUGCCUUAAGCUGCAGCCCUGUUCACAUUUUUGCUGUGAAGGAGUCCAAAAGACUGUCGUGUGUGUUUCUGUGUGUCCUGCCCUCCCUUUCUUCUUAUCCCUUUUGACCUUGUACUCAUUCCCCCUCAGGGUGGGGGAGGGCCAGAGAAGCAUCCACUGGGACAGGCUAAUUGUUUUUAAGCAAAAUAAGGUUUUAAAGAACUACUGUACAAUAAACCUCCCUGAGCAGUU